AUGGAAAUAAUCAAAAUAGGUUCAAUUGUGAGUAUUUCUCAUUUAUAGGAUGAUGAUGCAUUAAUAGGUGGAGAUGGAUUUAUAAAAAAGUAUUACGAAAUCAAUAAUAUAGUGCUGUAAUACUUAAAGGAAUGUCACCUUAAAAUAAAUUAGACACUAAGGAUUUUAACAUAAGCUAUUUUAGUCAAAUGAAGUAAUUAAUAGUUGUUAUAAUAGCAUGCCUAAUUGCUUAUUUGUAGUUUGUCCAAGAACAUCAAAUGGUAAAAAAGUUGAAGUAGCCAAACUAUUUCCUUAAAGAAAAAAGAAACCUUUUGGAUCAAUUAGUGAUGAUGUAACUGAUCAAAAAAGUGAAAUUACACCUGUUAGAUCAUAAGUAUUAUUUUAUUAUAUUUGCUAUUUAGAUUAAGUCAGUCACUCAUUCGGUACAACCAUUAUUAAGUGAAAAAUAAGUUAGGGACAAUCAAAUGAAUUUGUUUAAUGAAUUUAAAUUUAAUGUAGAUGGUUUUGAGAAAGAAAAAGGCAAUUAUGUUAAAUAUGAAGAGCCAAUAUAAUUAUUACAUUUAGCAUCAUCUAAAUGGUUAUGUUCAUUAUUAGAUGAAGCUAAAUUUGAAAAUUAAAACUUUAAGCUUGCUUUAAGUGAUUAUACAAGCGAUGAAACUCUAUUUAAAAUAGUGGCUACUUACAAAUAUUAAAAGGAAGGAGAUCAAAUAGUUUACUCAUAAGAAAUCGUCANCCAUAAUAUGAUGAUCGAAUAAAAUAUUACAAAUAUAAAUCAAUAUGAACUACUGAUCAUAUUAUUUAAAAAAUAACAGUUAUUUUUAAAGUACUCAUAAAAGUUUUGGAUUGUGAUCUAAACUUUAUAUUUAAAUUAGUUAAAUAAACUAAUCAAUUAAUCUCAUUAUUGA